UUGUGCUAACAGAAUUUCUACCAGAGGGUGCAUUUUGUGUACUUCCACAAAAAAAGUCGUUAUUAUUUUGAAGAAAAACAUAUCGUUCCACCUGAGACUUUUUUAAUGUUCAGAAUAUAGGAUAUCUGUGUGCCUGUUGUUUCUUUUCCCAUAUAAGAGAUACGGACAUUCAUCAUGAUGAACAGAGCAAAACGAAACAAAACCAAUAGGAGUGCCAUUUCAUUGCUCCAGUGAGAAUUUUAUGGAAUCGGUUUUAUGUUCCUGUGGAUGUCAACUCAAGCCCUACAUGGUGUUCAACGACACAGAUGUCAUUUUGGAAAGUGCAACAAAUUGGUCGAAAAGCACAGAAAAGAGUGCACGGGCAAACAAUUUCCAUGCAAAUGCAGAGACAAUUGUCCUUGGAGUAUUUUUAUUCCUCCUCAUAUUUCUAACCAUCUUAGGCAAUUCGCUUGUUCUGUUAGCUAUGAUUGUGAAGAAGAAACUACGAACUGUUUCAAAUAUGUUCAUAGUAUCGUUAAGUCUUACCGACUUUUUAUUGGGAUCUAUCGUAAUGAUACCAUCUGCACUGCAGAUAAUAUUUCAAGAAUGGAUCUUUCAACAUGAGUUUUGUUCCGUAUGGGUAUCAUUUGACGUAAUGUUGUCCAGUGCUUCUGUGUUAAAUGUUUGUCUAAUCAGCAUAGACCGAUAUAUCUCCAUUCUAACCCCUCUCAGAUACAAAACAGUGAUGACAUUCCAGAAAGCUUUCUUAAUGCUGAUAAUUGCAUGGAGCAUAGCAAUUCUUUCGUCUUUCGUUCCAAUAAUGAAUGGCCUUCACAAUCCUGACGUCCCCUCCUUAAAGAAUUUAACUCUAUUUUCCAGCACUCCGCAGUGUUUGUUCAUUAUCAGUGGAAUAUAUGGCGUAAUCGCCACACCCGUAACGAUUUUAUGUCCAAUUAUCAUAGCCAUUGUACUUUAUUACCGUGUUUCAAAGGAAGCAAAACGACAAGCAUUUUUCGUGGGAACUCUUCUUACCCCAGGAAAUGUUCUUUUGAGACAGCAUGUGCCAGCUAAACACCUGAGGGAACCACUCACCCGUAAGGCUACGGUGACGCUGGGGACAAUUGUCGGUGCUUACGUCACAACAUGGUCCCCGUUUCUGUGUGCCAAUAUCGUAGAGGGAUUCUGUCAGUGUAUUCCUGGAAAGUUGUUUACAGCCUUUGUUUGGUUGGGAUAUUGUAACAGCUUAAUUAACCCAAUUAUCUAUCCCUUAUUUAUGAAAGAUUUCAGGAAAGUGUACGUUUUAGCCCUGUCCAAGUGCUGUCCAUUCCUACAUAAAAUAAGACAUUUUAGUAUAGAACAUAAGUUAUAUGAGGGAAUUAAGCACCCGACUCUUUAAAGCAAUAUGAACUACAUUUUUGAAAAAAUUAU